AGAGAAAGACAGAUUGAUCUUUAUUAAUCUUGGUUUUAUUUGAUCAUUAUUUUAAAAUAUAUGGAAAGUUUUAAUGGAACUAAUAAUAAUUAGGUGCUUUUCUUGGGCAUUGUAUUCUUUUUAGGUCUUAAUUAAAUAUUUUUAUUAAUUAUGAGGCAAAAAUAUAUAACAUGUGUAUUAAUUGGUUAAUUAUAGAGGAUGAGUUUUUUCUCAGUUUGGUAUUGUGUUUUAUGAUAUAAUUUUUUUUUACAUAAAUUAACAUAAAUAUUAAUGAACUUACAAAUUAACAUAAAUAUUAAUACCCUCUUUUUAGUCAAAAAGACAAAAUUAUAAAAUGAGACUUUAUGAUGAGAUGAGAUCAUCCCUGUUCAACUUGCACCCCUCUGUAGUUUCUCAUCCUCUUUUUUCUUUUUUAAGGAAAUUAAUGUGUUUUUUUAGCAUAAAUUAAUUUCAUUUUGAAUAAUUAUUAAGGAUAUUUAUAUAUAUGCAGUCUGCAUUUACAUAAAUUGAUUUAUUUCCAAAAUAAAUAUACAAGUUUCUACCACAAUAAAAUGUGGGACCAUGGUUUGGCCCAUGAGUCAUUUUUGUUAAUAUUUUUUUUCUUUUUUGUUUAUAUAUAUAUUUAUGAACGAUAGCAGUGUAUUCAUUUUUGUUAAUUAGUGUAAUGAAUUUAUUUUUUUUUUUUUUACUAUUUUAGUUUGACAUGUGCCAAUAAAUUUACAGCUAGCUGGCUGGCAUAAGUUAAUUUUGUGCAUAUUUUAUUUAUACAUAAUUAACUUAAUUUAUAUAUUAUAAUUAGCUCUCUCUGUUUUUGCUUCUAUUUUGUUUUUGCUCUACUUUAUAAUUAUAAGAUUUAGGAUAUUGAAUAUUGAAUAUUGCUACUCCAUUGAAAUCUCUCAUUGGUAAGUAAUUAUAAUAUCAUAUAUAAUUUCUCCUCUUCUUCUUUUUUUGGCUGAAUAUUUAGCCUAUCACUAUAUUAUUUGAUCACUUCUAAUUGAUUAUGUGUUGAAAUCAUUUUGUGGGAUUUAUUUAUUUAAUUUAAUUUAAUUUGAGACUUUUCAGUAUUAUUUUGCAAUGUUGAUUAUGUUUGUUUUUGAUUAUUUCUUCUGCAGUUGUUAAAAGAAUCCAUGGCAAGUACUAAAUUUUUCAAAAUUAUCACUGAAAAAACUAUUGAACAAAAUAUGAUGCAUAUUCCAGUUAAGUUUCAGAGAAUUCAUGGCGAAGAAUUAUCAAAAGAAAUAUUAGUAAAUAUUCCAUGUGGUUCAAAAUGGAAAAUAGGGUUGGCUUGUAUUGAUGGGCAACUUUAUCUACAAGAGGGAUGGCCUGAAUUUUUUAAGCACUAUAAUAUAUUGUAUGGCUAUCUAAUAUUUUUUAAAUAUUUGGGUAAUUCUACAUUUGAAGCUUCAAUAUUUAAUUACACAACUAUGGAGAUUGAUUACCCUAAACCACCACCAAUCCACCAAACAAUGUCCAAAGAAAAAGGCCAAUCAUCAAAGCAAGGAGAAAGAAAAAGUAGAACACUUGAUAGAAUUAAAUCAAUGGAAAAGUUUGAAGCUUUGGAUAAAGCUAAAGGUUUUGUGAACAAACCUUUCUUCAAAGUUCUAAUGCAACCAUCUUAUGUCACACCGAAGAAUCCUCGCUUGAGGAUUCCAGCAUUCUUUGCAACGGAUUAUCUAAAAAGUAAAAGUAGUUCAAAAAUAGAGCUUAGGAUUCCAAGUGGAAAAAGUUGGUGUGUGAAAUUUACACAUCAUAAGCUUAAGAAUGAAACAACAGCUAGAUUUUGUGGUGGAUGGAGAACCUUCGUUGAGGAAAAUAGGUUGGUCGUAGGUGAUGUUUGCGUCUUCGCUCUAACUAAUCACAACAAACCUAUAUUCGAUGUCACCAUUCACCGUGCGAACCAAGAUGAUGAUGACGAUGGUGGUGAUGGUGAUAGUGAUAGUGACGGUGAUGAUGAUACAUGCUUUAUUUUUUGAUAUACGUUAUUGGAAAUAUAAUAUAGUAGUUUUUUAUUUUUAUUUCAGAUUUAUGUAAGACUUUUUAUUGCAUAUGUAAGUUUUAAUUUGUAGGUAUUUUAAUGGUCUAGCAAAUAUUAUUGUGAAAUGCAUGGUUGUGUUGGUCUAAGAUCGUUUCCAAGUUUGUAAAUGGGAAAGCUUAAUUAGUUUCAAAAGCAUUGUAAGAUAUU